UGACUCUCAGUCAGUCUCGCUAAGUCGCUCAAACUGAGCGCGCGCGAGUGAAGUGAGUGCAACGUAAAAGUGAACGUACUACGCAAUAAGUGAUAUUGAUAUUAUACAUACAGACAAUCUAUUUUUACGACCAUGCUCGAGCCAAAGACCUGCACAGACGACCUCGAAUCAUGGGUGGAGCUGAACAGCGGCGGUGGUCUGGCCGCCGAGAACGAGUACAUAAGACUGCUAAGGGAGGCUCAGAGGGAGAGCAGGGACUCCUCCGUGAGGCACUCCAGGGCUUCCAGCGUCAAAGGAAGCCCGAAGUCGCCCCCGAACAGUCCCAACCUGGAACCCUCCACUGAAGACGAGCUCAAAGGAGUCUACAUCAACUGCUGGAGGGAUGAGUCCAACGACUGGGUAUGGGAGUGGAGCAGUCGGCCCGACCAGAUGCCUCCAAAGGACUGGCGGUUCAAGCACCCUGUGUCGGCGCGCGGGCCUCCCUCAGCCACGUCCUCCAUAGAGGUGCUAGAGCAACAACUGUGCGUCCCCUCCAACCAACAGAGCCACUGCCUGUCUGUGCGGCGCACCUGCCUGUUCAGCCGCGGCGCCAUCGCUGCUGUCCUGGUCACCAACCUCGUGUCGCUGCUGCUGGGCGCCGGCAUCGGUGUUUGGCUGAGCAAACGCGGCAUGCUGCCCCCCAGACUGAUCGUGCUGAAUUAGACAAGACUGACGCUCCGAGGCGGAUGCACACCCUGUAUACCAUCACCCAUCACCCUG